AUGCUUGAGAAUGGGGGAUUUUUUGAUGAGGAAAAGAGGGCAGAUAGAGAUAGGCCUGUGGAUGGAAGGGAGAGGAGAGAUAUUGGGGAGAGGAGGGCUGAGAAUAGACGUGAUGAGAGGGACGGGAGGGAUAUUAGAGAGUCGCGUUUUGAAAGGCGCCGAGGGGAUAUGAUUGAUGACGAUGAAGAGGAAGAAUGGAGAUAUCGAGAUCGGAGGGAACGGGAGAGAGAAAGAGAAAGAGAAAAUAGGAGAGAAAUCAGAGGAACAAUCUAUGAAUAUGAAUCACAUGGAACAACAAGACGAGAACGAGAUACCCACGAAGACGAACGACGACAUUGGGAGCGAGAACGGGAAAGGAGAGCUAGACGAGAGGCAAAUAGACGUUUUGAUGAACAGUAUGAGAUUGAAGAGGUUUUGGUUUGA